UCCAUGGCUCCCUGGCUGGGCCGGAUGGCGCUGAUUGGGGCUCUGCUGGUUCUCCUCCCGCGGCUGCCGCCGACUCGCGCUCAGGAGGAGCCGUCCUGCGGGGCCGCCUUCGACCUUUACUUCGUGCUCGACAAAUCAGGGAGUGUAACAUCACACUGGUCAGAAAUUGUUGAAUUUGUGAAGCAGCUGACAGAAAGAUUUGUGAGCCCUCGGAUGAGGAUAUCUUUCAUUGUGUUUUCCAUGCAAGCAACUGUGGUUCUGCCACUAACCCAAGAUAGGCAAAACAUUCAGAGAGGCAUUGAAGAUUUACAAAACGUUAAGCCAGGAGGUGAAACAUAUAUGCACGAAGGAAUACAAAAAGCAAAUGAUCAGAUUGUAAAAGAGAAAGGGUCCAACAGUGUAAUCAUUGCCUUGACAGAUGGAAAGUUGGAAGGUUUGAUCCCACAGUAUGCGAAAAAAGAGGCAGAUAAUGCCAGAUCCAUGGGAGCUAGAGUUUACUGUGUUGGAGUCCUCAAUUUUAAUCAACAGCAGCUUGAAAGCAUUGCUGAUUCAAAGGAUCAAGUCUUCCCGGUAAGAGAAGGAUUUCAAGCUCUCCGCGGGAUAAUUAAUUCUAUACUGAAGCAAUCGUGCACGGAAAUCUUAAAUCUGGAACCCUCAAGUGUUUGUGUAGGAGAGAAGUUCCAAGUUGUUCUAAGUGGAACGGGAUUCACGCUGGGUAGGACGCCGGAAAGUGUCGUCUGCACUUAUAUGGUCAAUGGAACAAGCAUGAAUGUAAAACCGGAAAAAGUGGAAUCUAAUUUCAUGCUCUGUCCGGCACCCAUUCUCUAUGAGGUUGGAGAAACAAUGGACGUGUUUGUCAGUUUGAACCAAGGGCAGUCGCUCAUUUCCAGCUCUUUAACCAUUACGGCAACAGAAUGUCUCUCAAAUGGUCACCUCCUCCUCCUCCUCCUCCUCCUCCUCCUCCUCCUUCUUCUUCUUCUCCUCCUUUAUGUCCUUUAUCAUCUAAUUUGUCCCCUUCUUCUAAAGGUUAUUAAGGAUCCACCUCGACCUCAGCCUUCAGCGCCAAUAGAGGAGGAAGAAGAUCCUUUGCCUUCUAAAAAAUGGCCAACGGUGGAUGCUUCCUACUAUGGUGGAAGAGGAGUUGGUGGGAUUAAAAGAAUGGAGGUUCGUUGGGGUGACAAAGGGUCAACUGAGGAAGGAGCCCGGCUAGAGAAAGCGAAAAAUGCAGUGGUGAAACUCCCCGAGGAAGAAGAUGAGCCAGUUCUAAAUAGACCACCAAGACCAAAGCCUACCUCGUUGCCCUCCCAGGAAAAAUGGUACACACCCAUCAAGGGUCGGCUUGAUGCCCUUUGGGCAUUGCUAAGGCGGCAGUACGACCGAGUGUCUUUGAUGCGACCGCAGGAAGGAGAUGAGGGCCGGUGCAUAAACUUUUCCAGAGUGCAGUCUCAGUAAAACAAGGAGAAAACAAAAGGAAAAGCCAUCUUUUUUUAUUAUUAUUAUAACCAAAUGAAGUCAUUGAGUGAAGCACUUAUAAAGAAUUCCUCAGAAUGUCUCCUAGCUCCGAGCUUGGAAGUUUACUCCACUUGGCUCUGCAAAAGUCACCCAUUGCCACGUUAAGCUCCUCCAUCUGCCAUUAUCUUUCAGCUUAUUGCUUCAUACAGUAUUUCCUUACAGUAUUAUACACUCUGCAAGUGGCCACAGGAAGAAUUUUGGCGUCGUGUGUCUAGUUUUCUACAGCACAGGAAACCACAAACAAGUGCCUGAUCAGGUUGGCCUUUUGUGAUGUUAGCACUCAAGACUUGAUGAGCCUCUUCCCUGGAGGGGUCUUGCCUUAGGGGCACGAAGACGGAACUUAUUAUUUAAAUAUGAAUGUAUUUACCCCAGGGAGGAGAGCAAAAUUCCCACUGGGCUGAAAAAACACACAGAUGGGAGUUCAUUGCCCUACGGGGGUGUCAUCUCAUGGAAAUCUUUGAGUCUCGGUCGACAUUCCCCCCGACUCUCCCACCUAGUUGGAUUGUGCCUUACGGGAAACCUCUGACUUUAAAAUCUUGUCACUUUGACGCUGUGGAGUAUACAUGUACGACCAAACGCAGCUGCGGUGCCUGGAGGUGUUGGUGGCGAGCGAAACUUUGCCCUCUAGUUUCCGAAGACACCUUUCUUGUACAUGAUGCACCCGGGACUGGAAGAAAAAUUAAUAGAGCGUCAUUCUCCAGGAAGACCGCCUGGAACCAAAGAUCUUGAGUGGUGAUCGAGGGAGCUGAGGCAUCGAGGGUUGUGCACUGCGCCUAAUUGUGUAUCUUCCCCUUUUCUGCACUUGGUGCUCAGUAGCGCAUAAAAACAUUGUCCUUUGUAAACAUACGUAGUAAUUCUGGUCUUAUGGAUUAUUGUAAUAGGACGGGGAGGGAAUAAAACAGGCUCCACAAAGCUGGCAAUCUCAGGGUCUCUUUUUCUUUCUCUCUCUCUCUCUCUCUCUUUCUCUUUCUCUCCUUUUCUCUUCCCUCCGCCUUAACCAUCGCCGAACCUCCAAGGGCUCUUCAACGUCACAAACCAGCAAUUCUCUUUGCAUGAGAAUUUCAAAGUUUAAUUAAUAUAAUUAAAGGCAACAGCAAGCAGCAGCCUGUGAAGAUUUGGCUCAUCCUUUUUAUGCCUUUUGACAUUGAAUGACCUAUCCCUGUAAUGCGCAUUACUCAAUUUUGAGGGGCUACCAUGCUUUGGUGGAGAUUCAACAGUGGGAACCAAGAGGAAAUGGGGGAGGGGAGAAAGCAAGGUACUUCUUUUUUUUCUCCUUCCCCCUCUCCAUUUCUACAGCAACUGUGUAGUGUGCCAGCCACCAGGAAACAUUGGCCGGGUAGGUAUUUAUCAUUUUAUAUAUGUAAACCUACCCCGCAAAAGGGAGAGAAAGGAUGUCGUGUCACAUCGGCCAUGCCAAACAGUGUUAGCGUAAAAGGGAGCUCUGUGGGGCAGGGGUGUGGGGGGGGAGGAAGGCAGCAGCUGAAGAAAAAGGCUCAAAUGAUCCAGUCACUUUCGAUACUGUACUUCAGAUGCAAAAUGGAUAUUCGAGGCGAAACCUGACAAAAUGCGCCUACUUUGAUGGGAACCGGUAUAGACAAUGACCAGUGGCUGGGUCAGUGGGAUGUCUCUCUGCAAGCAGGGAAGCUUAUCAAAUGACACUAAAAAUAAGUUCAACAACCAUCACGUUUGAGGGGAAAUGGGGAAUAUUUCACAUUGGGCAGGCAUGCUUGUGCACAAGAUGGAGAAGGAGAAGGCAUGCAUGUUGGUCUAAUUAGCCCUCCUUUGUUGCUUGGCACUGAAACCUCAAGGGGCAUAAAAUUAUUCCCUUGGCCGAUGACCAGAUUUGCCGCUUCCUCUGAGCAAGGCUUUCCCCCCACCGGGCAGCCCCCUUGCUGAUGUGGAAAGGCAAACUGGAAGAGGUCUUUAGAUCGGAGAGGGUAGAAAAUGUAAUGUGGUGGAAAAUGUUGGACGACUGGAGUCUUCCACACAAUCACUAGGGGAGGCACUGUAUGGCCACAAAUGUGAUAGGUAGAGAUUUAGGUCAAAAUUUGGAGGGUGGUGAAAGAAAUCAGGAAGAAAGCUGUUGCAAUCAUGGGGGACUUGAGUUUCCCCGCAGUUGAGGUGGAUUCAAGCCAGAAUAAAGAAACCAUGUUUCUCAACAUCCUAGAAGAUUAUGCCUUAGCUCAGUUGGUCUAAGACAAGGAGUUUCCAACCUUGGCAACUUU